UCUUUCUUCCUCUGAAGACCACUGAGGUGACACAACAUAUAUCACUCCGUCCUCAAACUUUCAGAAGCACAAAACCUUGAAAGCUAUGGCUCAACAGGAAGAUGGGUGGCCACUGGGGCUGCAGCCACUUAGCUUGAGGGUUGGGCUUGUGAGGAACAACCAAGGAUCACUCUCCUUCAACACUUUGCUCACUGCCUCUCCUCCUUCAUCCUCUACUCAUUCUUCAUCUGAUCUUGAUACUCAGUCCACAGGCUCUUUCUUCCAUGACAAGAGCAUUGCCCUUGGUAGCCUUCUGGGCAUUUCAAGCAUAUUAGAGUUCUCAAGAAGAUCAACAAGAGGGAGGGCAGCUGAGCCUCUGUCCCUGGGAAACAAAAAGGGCAAGAAAUGCAAGAUAUGGUUGUUUUCACUGUGUUCAAAGCUCAGUACUGAUGCAGUGAUGACUGCUAGUAUGAAUGCCACCACUUCCAUGGCAGGCUCUUCUCUUGCCCACUUUCUCGAAGCAGAGAGGAAGGCUUCGGCCACCAUUUGCAGAGAAGCCGCCAGCGAUUUAACCCCAAACCACCAGUUCAUUGCAGGAAAUGGUGAAGGGAAUGGCCAUGGAACUCUGCUUGUUUCCUGUUUAUGUGGACAUUUGACUCAUUGAGCUUUGUAAAUUUUCACUUGUAUGAAGAGAGUUUGUAAACCAUUGUUUUCCCUAAAAAGUCAAUCUUUAGCAAAGGCCUGUAACCUGGCUCUGAUACCACUAAUUAGAAUCAAGCGUUUUGGGUGGGA